AAGGCGAGAUGCGCGCGCUGGGCCGGGUCCUGCUGUGGCUGCAGCUCUGCGCGCUGACCCGGGCCGCCUACAAAAUCUGGGUCCCCAAUACCGACUUUGAUGCUGCCGAAAACUGGAGCCAGAACCGGACCCCGUGUGCGGGCGCCGCCGUCGAGUUCCCAGCGGACAAGAUGGUAUCAGUUCUGGUGCGAGAAGCUCACAGCGUCGCCAACAUGCUCCUGCCACUGGACGGGGAACUCGUUCUGGCCUCAGGAGCCAGAUUCAGCGCCUCCGACACCAGCUCGGACCUGGACUGCAGCGCAGGUGCCCCUGCCGUCUUCCUCGACCCCGACCGCUUCUCCUGGCACGACCCGCGCUCGUGGCGCUCCGAGUUCGCGGCUCACGGCCUCUUCUCCGUGGACGCCGAACGCGUGCCCUGCCGCCACGACGACGUCGUCUUCCCGCCCGACACCUCCUUCCGGGUGGACCUCGGCCCGGACGCCCGCACCGUGCGCGUCCACAGCGUCUCGGCCCUGGGCCAGAAUUUCACGCGCGACGAGGACCUGACUGUUUUCCUGGAGUCUCGCGCCGGCCGCCUGCGCUUUCACGGUCCGGGCACGCUGAGCGUGGGCUCCGAGGCCUGCGCUGACCGGUCGGGCUGCGUCUGCGGCAACGCCGAGGUGCAGCCGGGGAUCUGCGCGGCCCUGCUCCAGCCCCUGGGCGGCCGCUGCCCCUCGGCCGCCUGCCGUGACGCCCUCCGACCGCAGGGGCAGUGCUGCGACCUCUGCGGAGCCGUCGUGUCGCUGACCUACGGCCCUGCCUUUGACCUGGAGAGGUUCCGGGCGCGGCUGCUGCACGACUUCUUGACCUUGCCCCAGUACCAGGGCCUGCGAGUGGCCGUGUCUAAGUCCGUGGGUACUCCGCCCGCUGCGCCACCCCCCUUGCCCCUGCCUCACAGUAGCUGGGAGGGCAUUGGUGACAGUUGCUACGUGAGUGGCGGUCCUCAGAGCCCGUCCCCGCCAGCUGCGUGGCAGGCCACCAAGGGCAACCCUGAGCCCUACGUGGUGGCUAGUGGCUUCCCGCCCUGUGACCCAGAACUGGUGACGGCGCGAACGGCACAGCUCUCCCACACUCUCCGCAGUCCCAGGAAGCAGUUUGGGGACGGAGGGCGCAGGCUCGUGACCGGGGCCGUCCGCUUCCUGAGCAGAGCGGUGCCAGGGCCCCCUGGGACCUCUCGGCUUGUUCUGGGCGGAGGAGGCCGGGUGCUGGCCCCUCGUGUGCAAACGGAACAGCGUCACCUCACCUCACAGCUGCGUAGGCGAAGGGUCCGGUCUCCUGCCACGAACAACGCGGCCUGA